UCUGAGUCUCUGUGUCGUCGGUCUGUGAGAGAGUGAACAACUGUCCAAAUGGCUCAACAGGGAGUUCUGCUGGACCAGGACCAGUUCUGUUGUUCUGUCUGUCUGGAUCUACUGAAGGAGCCGGUCACUACUAUCUGUGGACACAGUUACUGUAGAAUCUGUAUUGAGGGCUGCUGGGAUCAGGAUGAUCUGAAAGGGGUCUAUAGCUGUCCUCAGUGCAGAGAGACCUUCACUCCAAGGCCUAAUCUGAGGAAAAAUAACAUGUUGGCUGAGCUGGUGGAGAAACUGAGGAAGACAGGACUCCAGGCUGCUCCCCCUCCUGCUCUGUGCUAUGCUGGACCUGGAGAUGUGGCGUGUGAUUUCUGCACUGGGACCAGAAAGCAGAAAGCCCUCAUGUCCUGUCUGGCGUGUCUGGCCUCUUACUGUGAGACUCACCUCCAAUCUCACUAUGAAUCUCCUGCUUUCAAGAAGCACAAGCUGGUCAAAGCCACCGCACAACUACAGGAGAAGAUCUGCUCUCAUCAUGACAAACUGCUGGAGGUUUACUGUCGUACCGAUCAGCAGUGUAUCUGUCUGCUGUGUGUGAUGGAUGAACAUAAAGGCCAUGAUACAGUGUCAGCUGCAGCAGAGAGGACUGAGAAACAGAGGCAGCUGGGGAUGAGUCAGCAGAAGGUCCAGCACAGAUUCCAGGAGAGAGAGAAGGAGCUGAAGGAGCUCCAACAGGCUGUGGAGUCUUUCAAGCGCUCUGCACAGUCAGCAGUGGAGGACAGUGAUCAGAUCUUUACUGAGCUGAUCCGCUCCAUUGAGAGAAGGAGCUCUGAGGUGAAGGAGCUGAUCAGAGCCCAAGAGAAGGCUCAAGUGAGUCAAGCUGAAGGACUCCUGGAGCAACUGAAGCAGGAGAUAGCUGAGCUGAGGAAGAGAAGCACUGAGCUGGAGCAGCUCUCACACACAGAGGAUCACAUCCAUUUCCUCCAGAGUUAUCAGUCUCUCUCCAGUAUCAGUGUAUCUUCAGACUUACCCAGCAUCGUUGUCCGUCCUCUUCAGUACUUUGGAGAUGUGAGUAAGACUGUGUCUGAACUGAGAGAGAAACUAGAAGACUUCCUUAAAGGAGAAUGGACCAAGAUCUCCACUACAGUGAAUAUAGUGGAUGUUGUACUGCCUCCAGAGCCCAAGACCAGAGAACAGUUGUUACAAUAUUCCUGUCAUCUCACACUGGACCCAAACACAGCAAACAGACACCUCUCUCUGUCUGAAGGGAACAGAAAGGUGACCAAUACAGGCCAUGUCCAACCACAUCCUGACCAUCCAGACAGAUUCACCAACUACAGGCAGGUUCUGUGUAGAGAGGGUCUGUCUGGACGCUGUUACUGGGAGGUGGAGUGGACUGGUGAUGUUGAUACAGCAGUCUCAUAUAAAGACAUCAGCAGAACAGUAUCAUUGAUCAGCUUGUUGGCUCGGUCCUAAUUGAUGUGUUCUCUGUCACCUGGAGCUGCAUGGAAAAUGGUCCAGUAACUAAAGGACAAUUCAGGACUAGUCAGCCCACUACAAGCUGGUAGACUUCCUUUCAUUGAAGUGGGCCUCAAUCUAAAUGGUAACUUUGUAUUGAUAGUCCAUACUGGUCUUUACUAUGGUUCUACAUACAGUAUCUGUAUUGAUAGUCCAUACUGGUCUUUACUAUGGUUCUACAUACAGUACCUGUAUUGAUAGUCCAUACUGGUCAUU